AGCCUAUGUUUUAGCAGUAUGAUAGAUACUGUAUGAAUGCUCGCGCCAAGUGUUUUGUUUUCUGGUGCUGUUUUUACAAUUCUGGAGACUAGAUCUUCAAAUGGGAAAAUAAAAGGAGUGGGUAGGUAGCGAACAGAGUGUUUAUUAAAAAAUGAGAUUAGAACAGUAUCUGGGGUACUGCAAUGGCGGUUUACUUUGAUUAUCAUAUUGAAGCUCCUGAUUCUGUCGGAUCACCUUCUCACAUAGCUUGGCACAGCUCUUAUACACUGUUGGCUGUUGCUUCAGUCAGUACGGCUGGAGGUGGCAGUGUGGAUAUCUAUCAGGAGCAAGGUAAUCAUAUUGCAAAUUCUCACACUGAACGUUCCUCUAAACCAACACUGCUCAGCUGGCAUCCCUUGAAACAGAUUUUGGCAAUAGGUUGGGAAUCUGGUGAGGUCCUUAUAUUUAGUGAACAGGAUGGGGACCAGUACAUGGUGCCUCCAGUACACUCCUCUGCUAUUACAGUGCUGGAGUGGAACAGAACUGGAAGCCAUCUGGUCACAGCAGAUAAGCACGGAAUUCUGGCAUUAUGGAAACUAGAUCACCGUGGUCGAAUGCAGGGAAAUCCACACAUGAAACAGGAAUAUCGAAAAUGCAUUUCUCACUGUGUUUUCCAACCUCCACCACCUGGAGAGGACCUGGUACAGCUAGCAAAAGCUGCUGUCAGUGGGGAUCAAAAGGCACUGGAUAUGUUCAACUGGAGAAAAGCAGGAAAAGGUGACCAUUUGAAAGCAGGACCUCAAGGGGGACUGACUAUGUUCAUCGGUGCUGCAGAUGGAUAUGUUUACUGUGUAGAUGAGAAAGGAAAGCGUUCUCAAGUUACAUGUGCUGAUGGUCCUGUGUGGCAGCUCAUGUACUUGGAGAAAAAGGAGGUUCUUCUUGUUGUCACUGAGAACAUGCAACUGUCUCGGUACAGCAUUACUCCUGAUGGAACAGGACAGGAACUCAUGAAGGUAAAACUGAGUGGAAAAGCAAGUACUUGUGCUGACAUCAUCUGGCUGGACAGUGGCAUACUUGCUACAGCAACUGGAGAGGUAGUCAUUAGGGUAUGGGAUUUGGAAAGAGAUGAUAACUAUGUCCUGUCCUUGGAAGAGCAACUUGGUUUUGAGCCAGGAGAGUGUGUAAACAGCAUCUCUUAUUGCGCAGCAAAAUGUAUCCUGGCAGCCGGUACUAGCAAAGGAAGAAUUGCCAUGUGGCAGAAUGUACCAAUGGCCAUCCGGAAUACUCAGAAAGUUGAAGGAAAGGAAAGAUGGAAAUUGCAGGCUCCAACUGAACUGGAGGGGAAUAUUUCUCAAAUCAAGUGGGGCUCAAACAAAUAUUUGCUAGCAGUAAAUACGAGCAACACAGUGUUGAUCCUCAGUGAGCAUACUAUGUCAGUGUGCCUAAAUCAGCAAGUGGCUGCUGUCCAGGUAGCUCCAAAACAGCUCAACAUCACUUACUUCAGCUCUGGAAUGCAGCAUAGCCUUCGAACCGACAUUCACAUCAAAGGAGUCUUUGUCACCAAGGAGGAGAGGGUUGUCUGGCGUGGGAGGCACCUGACACACUGGAACCAGUUUGGACCUUCUUUCAGGAGCGCUGCUUCUUUUCUGUGUGAUUCCUUGGCAGUAGCUCUUCAUGAAGAAAACAUUUACACUGUGGAGCCUCACCGAGUUCAAGUUCGUACAUUGCAGGGAACUGUCAAACAGCUUUUGGUGUUCUCAGACUCUGAAGGAAAUCCCUGCUUACUCCAUGUUUGUGGAAGUUUCUUGACUGUAGGAACCGACAAUGGACACAUCAAAGUCUUCGAUCUGUCUCGCAGAGAAGCAAAAGCUCACAGUAAUGUCAAAAACAUGUCUGAACUCAUUCCAGGCUUUGGAGGCAUUGUGUCUGCAAAAUGUAAUGCAAAUGGUGGAAAAGUAAGCCUCCUUGUGCGCAGGGCUGAUGGUACACCAGACUCCAAAAUGUACUUCUAUGAUGUAGAGCUUGACACACUCUCAUUCUUUGACUUCAGCGAUGGGCAUCUGUACAAUGAAGGACCACAUGGAGACAAUAUCGAUGACCAAAAGCACCAUUUGGAAAGAGCUGAGCUGUUGGGUCACUAUCCCAUCUCUCACUUCUGGGAUCCAGAUGAAUCAAGAUUGUUUGCAUGCGAGGUGGUAAAGGCACUGCUGGGUCCAAAUAAGCAGUGCGUUCUUGAUGACAGCAAGAGGGAAGGCAGCUCAGAGCCAGUGGAGUCCUUCGUUAUAUCAUUUUUCAGCACGCAGGAGCAUGGUGUCCUGUUUCAAGAUAGCUUUCCUCUCUUACCAGCGCACCAGGCUUUGUUGGGCCUUGAAGUGCCUUAUUUCUACUUCACAAAGAAGCCAGGAGAGGAAGAGAAAGAAAGUGGAGCAGCCCCAGAAUCUGCAGUUCCUCAGAUGGUUGCAAAGAGAGCUUUGAGAGACUUCGUAGGGUUAGAAGACUGUGACAAAGCAACCCGAGAAGCAAUGAUGAACUUCAGUUUUUACCUAACAAUUGGUGACAUGGAUGAAGCUUUUAAGUCCAUUAAACUCAUCAGAAGUGAAGCAGUAUGGGAAAAUAUGGCACGGAUGUGUGUGAAGACACGGAGACUGGAUGUUGCUAAGGUGUGUCUAGGAAACAUGGGUCAUGCAAGAGGAGCCAAAGCUUUACGGGAGGCAGAACAGGAACCAGAACUUGAUGCAAGGGUGGCCAUGCUUGCUGUGCAACUUGGAAUGUUGGAGGAUGCUGAGCAGCUGUACAAAAAUUGCAAACGCUAUGAUCUCCUGAACAAGUUCUAUCAGGCGUCAGGGCAGUGGGAAAAAGGCAUAGAAACAGCUGAGGGUCAUGACAGAGUCCAUCUCCGUACAACUUAUUACAACUUUGCUAAGCAUCUGGAAGCCAUAGGGGAUCGUAACCUUGCACUCACAUUCUAUGAAAAAUCAGAUACACAUCGGUUUGAAGCUCCUAGGAUGCUCCUGGAGGACCUGCAGGCACUUGAGAUCUAUGUCAAUAAGAUGAUGGACAAGAACCUUUGGAAGUGGUGGGCUCAGUACUUGGAAAGUCAGUCCAGCAUGGAGUCAGCACUGAAGUACUAUGAUCUGGCUCAGGAUUACCUUUCCCUUGUCCGAGUUCAUUGUUACCUUGGAAAUAUUCAGAAGGCUUCAGAAAUAGCUAAUGAGACUGGAAACCGUGCGGCAUCCUAUCACCUAGCACGUCAGUACGAGAGUCAGGACGAGAUCCAGCAGGCAGUCCAUUUCUACACCAGAGCCCAAGCCUAUAACAAUGCUAUCCGGCUCUGCAAGGAGAAUGGCUUAGAUGGCCAGCUGAUGAACCUGGCUCUUCUAAGUUCCCCAGAAGACAUGAUGGAAGCAGCACGUUACUAUGAAGAGAAAGGAGAUCAGAUGGAUCGAGCUGUCAUGCUGUAUCACAAGGCUGGAUACUUCUCCAAAGCUCUCGAACUUGCUUCUGCAACCCAGCAGUUUGUAGCUUUGCAACAAAUAGCUGAAGAUCUGAAUGAGAAAUCAGACCCUGCACUUCUUGCUCGCUGUUCAGACUUCUUUAUUGAACAUGGACAGUAUGAGAAAGCUGUGGAGCUACUACUAGCUGCCAGAAAGUAUUAUGAGGCCUUGCAGCUUUGUUUGGACCAAAACUUGACUAUAACAGAGGAAAUGGCUGAAAAAAUGACAGUAUCCAAAGACUCAAAGGAGAUUUCUGAAGAAUCUCGUAGAGAGCUGCUAGAACGUAUUGCAGACUGCUGCAUGCGACAAGGGAAUUACCAUUUAGCAACCAAGAAAUACACACAAGCAGGGAACAAAGAAAAGGCAAUGAGAGCACUUCUUAAAUCAGGAGACACAGAAAAAAUCAUAUUCUUCGCUGGAGUUUCUCGACAGAAGGAGAUUUAUAUCUUGGCAGCUAACUACUUGCAGUCUCUAGACUGGAGUAAAGACCCUGAAAUAAUGAAAAACAUAAUUACCUUCUAUACUAAAGGACGAGCCUAUGAACUAUUAGCUGGAUUUUUUGAUGCUUGUGCACAGGUGGAGAUUGAUGAAUUCCAGGAGUAUGAGAAAGCACUGGGUGCAUUGACAGAGGCAUACAAGUCUUUAACAAAAGCAAAAAUGCGGAAUACAGAGGAACAGGAGGAAAAACUAAGUGGUCUGCAGAAAAAGAUAACAUUAGUAAAGAGGUUUAUCCAAGCCAGAAGAAUAUAUGAAGAAGACCCAAAGGAAUCAAUCAGACAGUGUGAACUUCUACUAGAAGAACCUGACCUUAACAUCGCUGUUAGAAUUGGUGAUGUAUAUGGCCUUUUUGUGGAGCACUACACACAGCAGGGAAAUUUCCAAAUGGCAUACAGAUGCUUAGAAGACAUGCGCAAGAAAAUGCCAACUGUAAACGUAAAGUAUUAUGUCAAGCAGGAGACUGUUGAUACAGUCCACCAAGCUUUAGGCAUUCCUGUAAGCCACAGCUCUACAUCAGAGUGCAUACGACACAAUAGCAUAGAGGAUGGUGAAGAAGUAGAAGACGUCAGUGAUGCCUACAAUGAGGUUGAAGGAAAUUUAAGGACUGUCGCAUAGUUGCACAGAAUGCUAAAGGCUAUAUAAUCCUACUUAAGGGAGACUGCAUUCUGGAUGAAACAAAAAAAGGAGAUCUGUCUCAUUUUCAUGUUGUGCAUUACUCUUUAUAAAAAGAGGAUACAGUACCUGUAUAUUACAUGUUUAUAUUUAAACACAUUUGUCUCAUGUUCAUAUUCUGGAUUGUUUUCAAAGAGGGUACAGUAACUUUCUGUAUAUUACAUGUUUAUAUUUUAUCAGUUUAUAAAAUUAUUUAAUAAAACAAUUUUGCAAAAGUUCUACUUGGAAUUCUCACAGAAAGGAGCCAUUCUCUGAAUCUACAUUAAAUAGUUGCUGAUUAUCUUUAGCAGUAUCUAAUAUAAUAUUUUUUUAUGAAAUGAUAGUGUAUAGACAGAGUUUUUGAUACCUAAUGAUGCUCUGUGGCUGAUGUUGUUCUUUGACUUAACUGUAAACUUGUGUCUGAACUUCUUAGUACCAGAAUUUGCUUCCAUUUAUAUUAGUAGUCAUAAAUUAAUUUGUUACCAUUCUUGUCUCCACACUUCAGUCAGUCAUAAACAUGGAUUCUAUUCCAGGACAAGGAAUGUGUUACUUUAGCUUUUUUUUGUAUAGUAGUAAGCCUUCUUCAUUUGCAAGCUCAACUGGCAUUCCAGUUGUGGUAGUUGCUAACUGCAUCAGCAAUCCUUGUUGGAGAUCUUUUUUAUUGUUUUACUAUUCUUUGAUGAGAUUUCAUUGAGAAGUAUUUUACAUGGCAGUAUUCUAGACUUGUAAUGCUUUAGUGCAUUAAAAACAAUGUCUGAGCACUUUGAUUGGAAUGUCAUGGCAGUUUCUGAGGAAUGAUAAAUAUGUCAUAAAUUGACUGGUACUGGGCCUUCUGAUGCUAUCUUUUAGCAACCCCCAUCCCCAUUACAUGAUAAUCUGGAAUUUUUAAAUAAAGAAUGCUUUUAUGUAA